AUGGAAGCCCUGCAGAGGCAGCAGGCAGCCAGACUGGCCCAGGGGAUGAGGCCAUUGGCCCCUCCACGCCCACCGCCACCACAGCCUCCCUUGUCUGGCCCUGGGAUUCCGCAGGCCCUUGAGAGGGCCUCGGGGAAGGUUGGGGCUGAGAAAGAGGAGGAUACCGGAGAAGAUGAGGAGGGGGAGGAAGCUGGAGUCGAGAAAGAGGCAGCUGAGGAGAGUCCUCCAGGAACCCAGGGUCCCAGCUCACCUUCCAACCAGCCCCCUGGGCCUCAUCCCCAUGAGUGGACCUACGAGGAACAGUUCAAGCAGCUGUACGAGCUCGAUGCAGACCCCAAGAGGAAGGAAUUUCUGGAUGACCUGUUUAGCUUCAUGCAGAAGAGGGGGACGCCGGUGAACCGCGUGCCCAUCAUGGCGAAGCAGGUGCUGGACCUGUACGCGCUGUUCCGCCUGGUGACGGCCAAAGGCGGCCUGGUGGAAGUCAUCAACCGCAAGGUGUGGCGGGAGGUCACGCGCGGCCUCAGCCUGCCCACCACCAUCACCUCCGCCGCCUUCACGCUCCGCACCCAGUACAUGAAGUAUCUGUACCCCUACGAGUGCGAGACGCGGGCGCUCAGCUCCCCCGGGGAACUCCAGGCCGCCAUCGACAGCAAUCGGCGCGAGGGCCGUCGUCAGGCUUACACCGCCGCCCCGCUCUUCGGCUCCACCGGGCCGCCCCCUCGGGGCACCCCGGGCCCCGCCUCAGUUCCCGGCUCCGCCCUGCCAGCGCCCGCGCCCGGCCCCCGCCCCGCCCAGGUCUCCGCCUCCAGGCUGCCGGCGCACGCCUGCGCGCAGCUGAGCCCGAGCCCCAUUAAGAAAGAAGAGAGUGGAAUUCCAGCCCCUCGACUGGCACUGCCUGUGGGCCUGGCUUUGGGACCUGCACGGGAGAAGUUAGCACCAGAGGAGCCUCCAGAGAAGAGGGCUGUGCUGAUGGGGCCCAUGGAGCCACCUCAACCUGGCGCACCUCCAAGUUUUCUGCCCCAUGGCAAGGUUCCCCUAAGGGAAGAGCGGCUGGAUGGGCCUCUCAAUCUGGCAGGCACUGGUAUCAGCAGUAUCAACAUGGCCCUAGAGAUCAACGGGGUGGUCUACACAGGCAUCCUCUUUGCCCGCCGCCAGCCUGUGCCAGCUUCCCAGGGCCCAGUUAACCCUGUACCCCCAACCCCUACAGGGCCCCCUUCCAGCACCUCACCCUGA